AUGGAAACGCUUAUUGUAGCAGUGGAACAUAGGAAUCAGUAUUAUGGGAAGAGAUCUCUUGGAAAUGAUCGUUUUAAGUCAGCUCCUUCGAAAACUUUUAGGCAGAUUAAUUGUAGAACCUUUCAAUCUGGAGUUGGUUUGCUUCCAAGACCAAAGAGAACUUCUUCAACACCUAUAACCAAAGGAGCUCUUCCUAAGGUUCAGUCUCCUCGUUCUCCUAAGUCCGUUUUACCGGUGUUUAAUCCUCAAUCUUUUGAAAGCGGUAGAUCCAGUCCCAUUCCAAUUACUAACAGCAGAGGCUCACAGAUCCGUAGGUGUUCUAGUGAGUUUGUUGACAAAAGGAGAAGCUUUUCGUACUCUGAGCUAUGGGCAGGACCUACUUACUCCAACUCGCCUCCGGCUACUUCUGUACCGAUUCCUAAGUUUUCUCUUCGGCAAAAGAGGACGGUAUCAUUGAGCUUUCCUAUUCUUGACUCUGUUGUUGAUAUACGUGAAGGUGUUAAGUCUGCGCCGGUUUCUCCAACCUCAUCUAGUGACAAUCCUUUUCGUAGUACUGUCUCUGCUACUAUGACACUGCGUCGCAUGCUCAAUCUUGAGACUGCAGAUGAAUGA